GAGAGCCAGCCGACUACACACAUCCCUAAUUUUACAUACACUCUUUUAUACUAUCCUCGCCGCCGCUUUUGUAUCCUUCUCUCUCUCUCGCUUUGCUCAAGCUCUCUCGGAAAAAUCUGCUGAAGCUUCUCUCAUCUGAACUCAGAAGAUCUCCGAGUUCGUAUCUUCUCCGUUUGAGCAAUGGCUUUGGUCUUGCACACAUACAAGGGAAACAAAGGUGCCUUUAAGGCACUCGUUGCUGCUGAGUAUGCAGGUGUGAAGAUCGAGGAGGCUGCAGAUUUUCAGAUGGGCGUCACUAACAAAUCCCCUGAGUUUCUUAAGAUGAACCCUAUUGGAAAGGUUCCUGUGCUUGAGACUCCUGAAGGUGCCAUUUUUGAGAGCAAUGCCAUUGCCCGAUAUGUGAGCCGUAAGAAUGGUGAAAACUCUUUGAACGGAUCCUCCCUCAUUGAAUACGCUCAGAUUGAGCAAUGGAUUGAUUUCUCCUCGUUGGAGAUUGAUGCUAACAUGUUGAAGUGGUUUGCUCCAAGAUUGGGCUAUGCUCCUUUCUCUGCUCCUGCUGAGGAAGCAGCUAUUUCUGCAUUGAAGAGGGGACUUGAGGCUUUGAACACACAUCUCGCCUCCAACACUUACCUUGUUGGACACUCUGUUACCCUUGCUGAUAUCGUAACCAUCUGCAACUUGAACUUGGGAUUUGCAACCGUGAUGACCAAGAAAUUUACAUCUGCGUUCCCUCAUGUUGAGAGAUACUUCUGGACAAUGGUGAACCAGCCAAACUUCAAGAAGGUGUUAGGUGAUGCCAAACAGACCGAUGCUGUCCCUCCAGUUCCAACUAAGAAAGCAGCUGCACAGCCUGCAAAGCCCAAGGAGGAGCCUAAGAAGGCUGUGCAGCUGCUUCACUUGUUAAUAAGAGAAUAGUAAUAGUUACCAUAGAAGCUAAGAAUCAUAUCUUCUUAUUGACCGUGACUUUGAGACCAUGCUUCAUACUGAGAAUAACAGAGCGAACUGGUUCGAUCA